AUGACGGGCCGAGACGCGCUUUCCGAAGGGCGCGCUCGGAGCAAGGCGCUGGUGCCGGGUGGCUCCUCCACUGGCCCGCGCCCCCGGGGCUUCGCCAUCACCGACCUGCUGGGCCUGGAGGCCGAGCUGCCGUCUCCUCCCGGAGUCGGGCAGGGGUCGGACUGCGAGGGUCCGGGUCCCAGGCUCGGCAGCCCCGGCCUGGCGUUCGGGACCCUGCCUCUGGGUCUCCGCCUCCUCUGCGGCCUCGGUGCGCAGCCUCCUGCGGCCGCUAGGGCGCCCUGCCUGCUCCUCGCCGACAAGCCCUUUCUGCCGCGCCCGGGGCCCGAGCCUGCCACCCCACCAGCCCUCCGUCGCCCGCCGUCCCCGCUUGGCCGCCAGAAGCGCAGCGAGAGCGUCUCCACGUCCGAUGAGGAAAACCUGUCUGAAAACAGGAGUGACCCGAAGGUGACCCCCAUGCCUGGCAAGAGGAAGAAGAGGCGGCACAGGACUGUCUUCACUGCCCAGCAGCUGGAAGAGAUGGAGAAGGCGUUCAAUGAGGCACACUACCCAGAUGUGUAUGUCCGGGAAAUGCUGGCCAUGAAAACUGAGCUCCCUGAAGACCGGAUACAGGUCUGGUUUCAAAAUCGGAGAGCCAAGUGGCGGAAGCAGGAGAAGCGCUGGGGCCGCAGCAGCGUGAUGGCCGAGUAUGGGCUGUACGGGGCCAUGGUGCGACACUGCAUCCCUCUGCCGGACUCUGUCCUCAGCUCCACGGAGGGCAGCCUGGCCCGUUUCUGUGCGCCCUGGCUCCUUGGGAUGCAUAAAAAAUCCACGGGAAUGUUAAGUAAAACAGGAAAUGAAGAAAAGCUGGCUGGACUCUGGGGCCCUGACCACCUCAAGGAAGGUUCUAGUCCAAGUCAGGCAAGAUCUCAGAGAUUCUCCAAUGAAGGCAGCCCUGAGAAUGACUUGGAAGAUGUUGCCAUUGAUCUCUCUAGCUCCGCAUGUCAGGAAACCAAGAAGGUGUACCAGGGGGGCAAUGCUCAAGGAUACUCAGGUCCUGAGGGGCUGGAGGGGCUCUAG